AUGUAUCUGUCACCAGUGGUAGUUCUGCUCCUGCUAGUGGAUUAUGUAGUGGCAGAUCCGAAAUGCGAUCCAUCCGCGUACAAGUUAUCAAUGAUUGCUGUUCAUGAUGGCAAUGAUGACGCCUUUGAGCGAUUAAGGCAUUCAGCUGAGCGAUACUCCAUUGAUUUUACUGUUGUUGAUUUAGCAGCAGAAAAUGUGGCCAGGAAUCUUGAAAAUACUGAGAUUCAAAGUACGCGUUUUCGUCAACUUCUAACCGAAAUUGAUGCAUUGAAAGCAAGGAGCACUCACGUUUUGCUCGUCGAUGGGUUAGUGUUUUUGAAUUUUCUUUGCAAACUUUUCAAAAAUUUCUAA